GACAAGUUGUAUAUUUCUUAUAUUGGCUGCGAUUCAGCUGGCUCAAAGCUAUCAACUACCUUCUGAUGUGGAGAAAUGUAAAUUCUCGGAUGGCAAAUGCCUUACCAAGUUUUUAAACUAUUUGAUAACCCAUUAUGGUAUGAAGGGUCUGCCUGAAAUCAAUAUUCCUCCAUUGGAUGCCGUGAAAAUUCCUGAUGUGGCAGUCGUCAAGGAUGAUAAGAAGAAAGCCAUUUGGUACCAGGUCAAAGCUAGAAAUGUUAUGGUCUACGGCUUGGAGAAUACCACAAUCACUAAAGUUAAGUCAAAUUGGGAGAAAAAGUCACUUGAUAUAUAUGGUAAAAUACCAAGACUUGCAGCCAAACUGGAUUAUAGUUUAAAAACAAAAAUUAUUGCAAUUACUGCCUCGGCAACGGGCCGCGGAUGGGCAGAAGUUCAAAAUUUUCAAUUUAUUUUAAAAAAUGAUUUUGUCUUGAACAAUCAUGGACAUCUCCAACUUUUUCAUAUGGAUGUUGCCACAAAAUUUAAUCGAGCUAUAUUUGAUUUGACAGAUACAAAUGCAAAUAAUACUGAUCUUGCGAUUGUGCUUAAUGAAAUGUUAAAUGAAAAUUGGCAGGAGGUUUGGCCCGAAGUAAGACCCACUUUUGAAACUUUGUUAAGGGAGAAUUUCAUUUCUAAAGCAAAUAGUAUUUUGUCUGUUGUGCCGUAUAAGGAUUUUUUUUUGUCUGAAGAUGCAUUUUGAGUUAUUAAAUUUAAUCUAUUUCUAUUAAUCAUUAUAUACACUUCUGUACAUUUUUAAGAUAAUUCUUAAAUUAAUUCGUUUUUAUAUAUACAUUGCAUUAUUAUUGUAAAAGAAAUCUAAAUCAGACAGAUCUUCAUGUUAAUGACUUUAUU